AGGCCAGGUCCUCUCCCUCUUGUCUUCCAGGAGCGAAAAGGGAAGUAUAAAAUAGGAGGAACGUGUGUCACCAGAUUCAUUCCAAAACAAAUCUGUUCUAGAGCACAGUCACUGAGACUUCGAAUACAUAUAUAAACACUUCAAAAUGUUCGCAUCAACUGUUUUCAAGGUACUUGCCCUGUGCUUGGCGGUCGCCGGAAUUGCGACUGUAACGGCCGAGGAUAUCGACUCGAGCUAUGUCAGCUGGUGUGUAUAUUCGGAUAGCAGUUGCAGCCCUGAGUACGAAAUCGAGUGCACCAUGGUGCCCGUAGACGGCAGCUGCGACGUCCACCACUUCGACCACCACUCGUUUGGCCUGCACUACACCAACACAACCGACAUCAACAUCCAAUUCUACUUCGACGACAACUGUGCCGGCGGCCACAGCAACUUCACCAUCGAGACGCACUCGUGCGUGCACUACUUUGACUUCAAAGACCCCCCAAACUUUGUGUACCUGGCCCACGUCAACGAGGCAGUCGCAGAGACCCUGCAGCAAGUAGCUGAGAACGAGUCUGACACAGACUCAGCGCUGGCCGUAGCCAUCAGUGCGUUGGUUGUGGCCAUCGCAUUUGUGGUCGUGGGUUCGGUCGCUCUGGUGUAUGUUGUACGCACCGUCAGACGUAAUCAGACCCAAGACUUCGGCGGAGAUAUCAAGCGAUCCAUCACAUCUCCGUCUGAUACGCAGGUGUCUAACAUGCGCACCUUGGAGUGAAAUGCUAGUACUAGCAACUUUACAUGAGAUAAACUAGUACUGGCAACUUUACAGGAAGAUGCUAGACGCUAUACAACAGACCGCCUGAUAUGUGAGCGUACUGCUGCUGAUAUGUCAGUGCCGGAUCAUAACACGGGGGGUCUUGGGGGUGGGGUAAUGUUUGAGUGCGAUGAAAACAAUAUAAUAAAAUUAGUAUAAGGG